UCGCAUGUUUCCGGCAGCUCAACUGCUUUGAGCAAUACCAGUGCGUACACAGCGUUUUUCCUUUCGACCGGAUGUUUGGUGGACAACAACUACUGGAACGCAUUGGUAACCGCCGAUCGAUUAAUACGAUCCUGUACCAAUUCCUUCAACUCAGCCUCACUGUUCCACUACGUCAUCUAGAUCUUGCUACGACUGAGGACAAUGUAGCAAAUCGUUUUUGAUCCGGCUCAAAGCUUGCCGAGUGAAUUCUGCUUGCACAACCAGUUCGUGAUUUGUUUUCGGCCAGGAAUAAUCGAUCUCAAUAGUUUUACUGGCGGUUGCUUCAAUUUCAGUGGUCAGAAUGCUAACGAUGAUGGUGCCUGAAUCUUUUGAAGAGGCGAUAUCCGUUUGAUUAUUAUCUUGCGGAAUUUUGCGCUCAUUGCCCAAAGAGGAAUAGAAGAAUCAACCGCUUCGGAAGUAGCAGCCGGUGCUGCAUCAUUUUCGUCCACUUUUGAUGGUUUCACUGCAUUCUGGCACUGCAAGUGAGUGGAUUGUCCCCAAGACAUUCUAUGAAAAGGAAGGCUGGUCGAAGAAGGACAGCACCACGCACUCAAUUUUGGGACGAAUCCACCUCUCAUUUAACUUAUCAAAACGUUCUUUCCGAUCGAACCCGCUGAAGCGAACUAGAUUCUUCACAAAGCUGGAGCGUUCGAAGCGCGUUCAGUGUACGGGGUACGCGAUCGCACGAGAGGCUACUCUCCAAUCAUACUGUUAUGUCCACUAUGGUGCAAUCGGAGUACAUUUCGGUACAUGCUUCCGUUCUCGGCCGAAGACAUUGGUUCUAGGUGCGUGGUGGUCCUCGCAGUGAGCGGUACUAUAGCUGUGGAUUUCGACAGGAAUGGCAUCUUUGGAUAUACAGCACCCAACGCUGAGUACACCAAGCGAAUGGACAACGCAAAUUGUGGAUGCAUGAAGCCGAAGGACUGCCACCAAAAAAGAAUUACUUCUGCGAGAUUAAUCUUGCUCAAAC